UUGCUCAAAUCCAUUUGAAGUCAAGACGAGGUAGACCAGACGAAGUCAAGAGAAGUUUCAGAUGAAGAUGCUACUUACUCAGCUAGUCUGCUUUAUCGCGGGCCUUGUUUUUCUUCAGUCCAUCAGUGUUGAUGCAAAAACUGACGAAGUCUUGGAAAUGAAAUUGUUCAAUCCUAAAUUUCGAGCGUCAGAUAAAGAGUUAUAUGAAAUGUUGAAGGCAGCAAACCUGCCAGGACGUGGUUACAAAAAGGAAGUCGUAACCAAAGUGGUUGAGGGAGAAAGUGGCAAACAAGAAUACCAGAAAAUCCAUUUCUACUACAAAGAUGUAAGUUGCGGCCCGAAGCUGUUGAAAGUUGAAGAGGAAUUGAGACGUUUGUUCCCAGCCAUCGUGGGAAAAGAAGUAAACAAAAACUUCAAGAUGGAAGUGAAAAGCAGGCAUCUUACUAACAUGCGAGAGUGUAAGGUUGGCCUUGAGGUUCACUUCAUGAAAAACCAGGGUUGCUCGGACAGUGGUCACAAAUCCGUUCCCAAACGACGCAAGGAAAGGGGUUUUUUGGAUUGCUGGUUUUGCAAAGGGUGCAUCGCCGUCAGCGCAAGAUAAGCCUGAAUAAAAAGCCAUGAAUCAGUGCUAAAGCGCCUUUGUUUUCUCCCAUAUUAAAGCACUGUGCCUUCACUCUAUUUAGAGCGUGA